GUGUGGCCCUGACUCCAGGUAGGGGCUGGAGGCUGAGCCAAAGCAACCAUAUGUCCCCUUGCCCCCCAUAUAAAGUUCUAAGAUGAGGGGCUUUUUCCUUCAUGUAAAAUGGGGAGGUAAAAUGUCAACUUUGAAUUGAGUAAACUGGGUAUUGUUUAGAGACAAAUUAGAUAAUUGUCUAAUUUAAAGAGGAAUUUAAUAAUUUCAGAAUAAUUGAAAAUGCUAAUUCUGUAUUUGCCCCCAAUUCUCCUAGUUAUAUUAAUUACUUGAGCGCUUGCUAAAAUUAUGUGGGGCAUAUCGUUCCAAGUCUGCUGUUUUUGAAGUGCUGCUGGAACAUCUGUAGUCUAGACAGCUGUGGACACUUUUCCAGUGGUAUUCCACAACCAAAAGUUUUAAUACCUGACAACUCAAAAUUGAAUGUUCCAUGCCAAAAAUUCAUUGCAUUUUCUCUCACUUUCUUAGAUGGAGUGAAAACACAGUAUAGCCUAAGUCAUAUGACACUUACAAUAAGAGAAUAUUCGGGCAAAAAAAUGGAAAAUUAUGAGGAAAGGAGUCCAUUUCCAUCGUAAAAAGUAUGGAGUAGAUUAAGCCUAAAUUCCUCUCUUUCACCAUGAUUCAGGAUUUUAUAUUCUAAAGUCCAAAAGAAAGUUCCUUGCUUUUACAGAACUUCAUUAGCAUCUAUAAUUUGGCUUUGCACAAAUGGGAUUAUCAGCAUUACAUUACCCUUAAUUACUUGCAAAUCAAAUUUAUCAAAGGCUUUCUAAGGGUGUAAAUCUCCCCGGAGUAGUUUAAAUUCAACACCUGUUCUUCCCUAGUGUAUUGUACUGUUUGCACUAUUUCAAAAUUUUGGCUCUAGUUCAGGAACUUAUUCUUAUUCAGGACAGCACUUUAGCAUGUGCUUAAAGUUAGGAAUGUUCUCAAGUGCUGUCUUGCAUAUAGAUGGGUUUAACACCCGCUUUAAUGCUUUUCUGAGUUGAAGUCUUUAAACUGUCUGCUUCUAGUAUAAAAAAAAAUUCACGUAAAUACCAACAUUUAAUCAAUAUUAUAGAAGAGACAGCGUGCAUCUACACAUACAUAUUAACAUGACACUUAUUGCAUCAGAGUUUAUUGCUCCUGGGCAUCAUAUUUACAUGUGCCCAGGACUGCAGCAUGUUGAGCCAGCUCAGAGCUGCCCCAGCUAGCAGUGGGUUUAGGGGGUCAGCCUGCCAGCCCAAGGCUGCUCCAGUUGAGCUUGACAUGCUUUGGAAGGGCUGGCUGGGACACAAGGAUGUUCCAGUGCAGGGCUAGCCAGCAGGCAGCCCCCACAGUGAAGCACCCUUGUGCCCUGGCCAGCUGGGCCAGCAUAUACACUGUGAAGAGGCUUCCUGUGCCUCUUCACAGAACAAGAAGAAAAAUCCAGAAAACUUACUGGACUUACAAGAAACAGCACCUGGGAACAGUGCAGCCACCAGGUUGCUGGUUUAUCAGCCGUUGGCCCAUCCGGAUCGGCGUUCACUGCAUCCAAUGCACUAUUUACAGCAGUGUGGCCAUGACAGAGAGAGAAGAUGGCUAGGGAAAGCAGGCAAGUCCUACCAUCCUAGCGUGAAGCUCCAGCUGUGAGAAGCUUGGGGACGGGAAGAGGACCAGAUCCCGGUCUCAGAGCGUGGAGGAGCUCUAACUAUGGAGGAUCACUUGUCAGUGUUCUCCAACUGUGGAUACUAGAGCACUGGGAAGGAUGGAGCAGCUGCAAGCCGCUCAGUGUGAAAGAAGUUUGUUUUUUUCUUUUUUUUUUGCAUUUGAGUUACUAUUAUAUAAUAGAAAGAGUGCUGACUGACUUAUUGAGUAAAGGGGAGGAACCCCGAGCUGUAUAAGUAAUAUUCACCUGCAGUGGAGGCAAAGACAUUGCCUAUCUGUGGCUAGUUUUUUUCUUUUUCCUUUGACUUAAGUUGUUCUUACCCAUGAGGCUGUGUCCAGACAAGGAUCAUUCCCCAGCCCUUGGGGAAAGGAGCCUAUACCUGUGAUAAAGAAAAUCAAAAGUGCAUAGCAUUUUAGGACUUGGGGGUCGGACUCGAUGAUGGGGGUCGGACUUGAUGAUCUAUUGAGGUCCCUUCCGACCCUAGCAUCUAUACGAAUCUAUGACUUUGGGCGUGCCAAAUACUUACCUGGACUGUGCUGUUCUUUGGCUGUUGCAGUUUCCUUUUUUGUCCUAGUGGUGACCCAAUGUUCCUCUGGGUCCACUCUGAGCUCUUUAUCCAGAAGUAGCGCUGAAAGGACCCUGAGCCAAAGAAAAAAAAAGAACAGAACAGAAGUAGAACAUCUGUUAACAACUGAUAAGAUUUCCUGCAAUAUCUUUACAUUGGUUGGCAUUUGGUUUAGGUGUAAGGAGAGGCUGGAGCCCCAGGAGGAGCAGGCCUAAAGUCCUUGAAGUAAACUCUCAGCAAGGGAACACCUCCCAAUAUUUAUAGAUUACAUCAAGAUGUGGCAGGUGAGAACUGGGCAAAUACUGCUGUUUGAUUUUGCAAGGAUAACAAGGCCUUUCCCUCAAGGCACAAACUCACUGGGCACAAGGUCAGCGAGGCCCUUGGCCCUACCUCGUGCCCCAUGGACAUACACUUACACUGCUGUGGAGUAAAAUAACUCUGCAGCAGGAUAGUACUUGUAUUUAAAACGUGUAGAUGCUGAGAUGUUUACUGUGGAGCUAAUUAGUCUACUCUGCAGUAAACAUCUUGUGAAGAUAUGCCCACAGAAACAUUAGCCUUUAGGCUACUGUUUAAAUAAGAAUACUGCUCUUGAAAUGCUGUAGGACCUUAUAAGGGAAUUUGUCAGUCAUUAAGGAAGGAAAUAGAAAAAACUUCUGUUGACUACAGUGGGGCUAAAAUUCAUCUGUCAUCUCAAGGACUAGCAAUAGGCAAGUUUUUUCAUGCAAAUACUUUAUUUGAUAAAGAUAAUUCAGAAACAAUUAAAAAAAAGAAUGAAAAGCUGAAAGUCAAUAUUUUGUUUUGACAAUUAUUAAAUUGAUUUUUAAAGAAGUAAAAAAUCCUGAAAUUAAGCAUUUUAUUUCUAAUUGAACAAAUGCUUUAUUCAACUAAAAUGAAGGUUUGUGUGGGGUUUUUUUUGUUUUUGUUUUAGCGCAGAGGGGAGAAGAGGUCCUUUUAAUGAGGAAAAAAAAGUUGUCAUUUCAGGUUGACCCAAGAUGAACUUCCCUUUCCCUAUGGCUGGAACCCCAGUUGGCAUUGGGACACCCAGGGGUCCAAACAGCGAGCAGGUGAUGAAGAAGGAACAGCUCCCCCCCCGCCCACUAUCCCCAGAUGACCUGGGGGUGAUUGAAGCCCAGGUCUGCUCCUGCUCCAGUCCAGUUAGAAGCUGCAGAGAGUGGAUGUGCAGAGUGUCUGUCUUGGCAGCAGUGGGUGGGUCUCUACUCCCUUCACCCCAUUUUCCCCAGUGUCCCUAGGACUCCAUCUAUGGGAGGAGCCAGACUUGGUGGUGAUGGGAGGGAGGGGACAGUUCCUCCUUCCAGUGCUUGGUCCUGGAGCAUCCAGGAGCCUGGGCAGGGAGCUGCAACACCAGAAGGGGAACCUACCUGCUGCACUGUUCCCAGCUAAGACCAGUAUCCUUUGCUGCUGUUCACAGGAGGUUUAUCUGAUUUGAGGAUUCAAAAAGGUCCCUGGCAACUGCUGCUGUGGUGCAGUUUAUCCACCCAAAGGCCCUGGACUCAUAUGACCCACUACAGCACUGGUGGCAUCUCCAAUACCCGCUAGAUUCUUUCAUGCAGAUAAACCAAAUAAUCUUGCUUACACAUAGCAGUUGACUGGCAUAAUUAAGGAGGGCUGUGUUUUCUGCUACAGCUAUUCAGGAACAGUUCCUUUUGCAAAUACUCUAUUCCAGAGUGAUUACUUGUCAUGUCAUUGUAAUAUUAUAAUCAUGACUAUCUGGUAAUGCUGUUUCUUACUGGAAGCUAGCAGUUGCUUUCUCUAAGUGGGACAUGUGCCUUUGCAAGGAUUUUUCUGUCAAAUUGCGUUCCUUGCUACCUACACCACAAACCUCUUCCUAAUACUGCCCUUUUAAACCCUAAAAAUUGUCCUUUGAAGUGUAAUUUUUUGCUGACUGGAGCUAUUAACUUAAAUCUAGCUAAAUACACUCAAUGGUCUCCUGAAUCUGACUUUAGAGACACACUUUAUUUCUACUCUAUGUCCAAUAGCAAUUGUUGAUAGAUUAAAUUUGGGCUGCUAUAGGAACACUUUAAAGAUUUUCUUGACCUGGUUUUUUUCUCAUUUACAUCUGCUUUACAGCUGUGUAGCUCCAUUGCUUUAAAUUGAGUUAUUUGUGAUUUAUAGUAAUGUAAGUGAUAGGAGCAUCAGGCUUGUUGCUUUAUAGGUGUCUUUUCUUAAAAGAAAAAUAAAAUGAUUUUAGAUAGCAUGUAGGAGCAAUUGCAUUUAGAAACCCAAGGAACCUUGUCUUGCCUUUAGAAACUAAGGGCACUCAUGGAUCUAAAUGCUCUAUUUAGAACGUUCAAUAGUUCUAAAUCCUGUAGACUAUGCAUCUGUAGACUAUGCAUAUUUCCAGAAAUGAAAAUGUAAUAUUCUACAUGCCUAUGGCAUCUCGCCUCAUGGACUUUUCAAGUGCCUUAAAUUCCCAACAAAACACAGCUUUAAGGCUUCUGACAGUGAUGAAAACAAAUGUCCGACUCUAAGUCAUGUUUUUUAAUUAAGACUCCUAUCUUAUGAAAAUCUUGUGUGUGUAGGAUGAGAAGAUGGGUUAUAGGUGGCUUAAUUGAUGAUAGUGAUUAUGAUAAAUGUAGUGAUUUAAACCUUCAGAGACCUGUUAGAUGUAACGUAAUUAAUCCUCACUAUAUCUCUAUGAAGUAGGUGGAUACAGUGAUUAUUACCAUGGUUUACCGGGGAAUGGUCAUUAGACACAUGCAUGAAGAAACAGCUGCCUUCCAGGCCAGGUACAGAUAUUACACUUUUACAGGUAUAAGUGAUGAGAAAUCAGUCUAUACCCAUAAUGGACUACAAGUUCAGCACACAAAACAAGUCUGUACCCGUAAUAGAGCAGAAGUUCGGCACACAAAAACUAUUUAAAAACGGCAGAACCCAGCAUAAGACUUGCCACCACUGAAGUGUGAAUGUGCAUUCUGCUUGCUACCAAUCUAAACUACACCACUCACAGAAAACCUCAUAACUUAGAUCAAUUCUGCCAUGGGCUUUUUGAAUAUUUGUAUCUAGUGCCAGAGAACAGGCUUCCCAAAUUUCACUGAGGCCAACGUGCUAACUGUUUCCCUCUUGAAGGAGCCAACAAAGGCCCUGGCAGCUGCAGAGGAGGAGGUAGGAAAGGAUGCCUCUAAGGGAACCAGCGCCACUCCAAGCACGGCACAGGCCAAGUUACCGGAACACCAAGAGAAAGAGACGCCGGGUCCUCAUCAUCAGCAAUUCCAUCCUGAGAGGAAUGGAGGGGCCCAUCUGUCGCUCUGACCCCAUGGCAUGUGAGGUUGUUGCCUGCCUGGAGCUCAGAUUCAGGAUGUCACAGAGAUGAUCCUGGACCUCAUUACCCCGUGGUCCUCAUCCACGUGGGAAUGAAUGACAUGGCCAGGGGCAACCCAGACCGCAUCAUGAGAGUACAAGGUUCUAGGGGCAAAGCUCAAGGAGAAAAGCACAGGUGUUUUUUUUUUCUAUCCUUCCAGUGAGCAGACGUGGACGGCACCACGAGACAUGCACCAGCGAGGUCAACCAGCGGCUUCAGAGCUGGUGUUACCAGGUGGGCCUUGUGUUCUUGGACCAUGACCCGCAUUUCUGCACAGAGGACAUGUUUGGGUGGGAUGGGCUUCAUCUCUCUCCAAAAGGUAAGCGUGUUUCUUCUUCCAGGAUGGCUGAUCUCAUACGGUGAGCUUUAAACUAGGUUCGCUGGGGGAUGGGGACACAGAGGAACAUGAGAUCACUUCGCCGUCAAGCCAGGUGAUGUGCACAGAUAGUAUUCAGGCUGCCCAACUCACUGAGGUUCUACUGGAAGUUCCCAAUGGAGAAAAGAGGUGGCAUUCCAGAUUCUUAACAUCUUUUGCAGCACCUGAAAGGAACGGUAGAUACCACAAAAAGCCUAAAAGAUGAAAUUGAGUCUGUUUUGCUGGAGCGGAUUAUGGUUUUGGAUGGAGGAAUGGGAACCAUGAUUCAGCAGCACGCGCUGUCAGAAGAGGACUUCCGAGGGCAAGAAUUUCAAGACCAUCCCAAACCUCUAAAAGGCAACAAUGAUCUUCUGAGUAUAACUCAGCCUGACAUCAUCUACAAAAUUCACAAGGAGUAUUUGCUGUCAGGUGCUGAUAUCAUUGAAACAAACACUUUCAGCAGCACCAGAGUUGCGCAGGCUGACUAUGGGCUGGAGGAUUUGGUUUAUCGGUUAAACAGAAUCUCAGCGCAGGUGGCCAGAAAAGCGGCUGAUGAUGUAACUGCUCUUACAGGGUGUAAGAGAUAUGUGGCUGGAGCUAUGGGUCCUACAAACAGGACACUAUCACUGUCCCCCUCAGUGGAGAGACCGGACUAUAGGAACAUUACUUUUGAUGAGCUGGUUGAAGCUUACCAAGAACAAGCCAAAGGACUUUUGGAUGGAGGAGUUGAUAUCUUGUUAGUGGAAACUAUAUUUGAUACAGCCAAUGCAAAGGCAGCUCUCUUUGCUCUCCGGAAACUGUUUGAAGAAGAAUAUAAACCCAAGCCAAUAUUUGUUUCUGGAACCAUUAUAGAUAAGAGUGGACGCACACUUUCUGGCCAGACAGGAGAGGCAUUUGUCAUCAGCAUAUCCCACUGUGAGCCACUUUGUAUUGGAUUAAACUGUGCCUUAGGAGCAAUAGAAAUGCGGCCCUUCAUUGAAACAAUUGGGAAAUGUACAACGGCUUUCAUCAUCUGUUAUCCCAAUGCAGGUCUUCCCAACACCUUUGGAGGUUAUGAUGAAACACCUGAAAUGACUGCUGAGCACAUUAAGAGUUUUGCUUUGGAUAGUUUGGUCAACAUAGUUGGAGGCUGUUGUGGUACUACUCCAGCACAUAUCAGGGAGAUUGCAGAAGCCGUGAAAGCAUGUAAACCUCGCGUCCCGCCAUCCUCCUUUUCAGACGGCUACAUGCUGCUAUCAGGUUUAGAGCCCUUCAGGAUUGGGCCAUACACCAACUUCGUUAACAUUGGUGAACGUUGCAAUGUUGCAGGAUCCAGGAAGUUUGCUAAGCUCAUCAUGAAAGACAACUAUGAGGAGGCUCUGAGUGUAGCCAAGGCACAAGUUGAGAUGGGAGCCCAGAUUUUGGAUAUCAACAUGGAUGAUGGAAUGCUGGAUGGCCCAAAUGCGAUGGCCAGAUUUUGCAAGUUAAUUGCUUCCGAACCUGACAUAGCGAAGGUGCCAUUAUGUAUUGACUCUUCAAAUUUCUCUGUGAUUGAGGCUGGCUUGAAGUGCUGUCAAGGGAAAUGCAUUGUGAACAGCAUCAGCCUGAAGGAAGGUGAAGAGGACUUUCUAGAGAAAGGAAGAAAAAUUAAGUUAUAUGGAGGAGCUGUUGUUGUUAUGGCUUUCAAUGAAGUGGGUCAAGCCACAGAAACAGAAACCAAAGUUGCAGUGUGCACCAGGGCUUACCAUCUCCUUGUGGAAAAAGUGGGCUUCAAUCCAAAUGAUAUAAUAUUUGACCCAAAUAUUCUGACUAUAGGUACUGGAAUGGAAGAACAUAACCUGUAUGCAGUUAACUUUAUGAAGGCAACAAAAACCAUAAAAGAAACGUUGCCAGGAGCCAGAGUUAGUGGAGGCCUUUCCAAUCUGUCCUUCUCCUUUCGGGGGAUGGAUGCCAUUCGAGAAGCAAUGCAUGGAGUUUUCCUUUAUCAUGCAAUUAAGUAUGGCAUGGACAUGGGAAUAGUGAAUGCAGGGAAUCUUCCAGUAUAUGACGAUAUACCUAAGGAUCUUCUAACUUUGUGUGACAACCUUAUAUGGAAUAAAGACCCAGAUGGCACAGAGAAGCUAUUGCGUUAUGCCCAGACUCACACCCAAGGAGGAAAGAAGGUGGUACAGACUGAUGAAUGGCGGAACAGCCCAGUGGAAGAAAGGCUAGAAUAUGCACUUAUCAAGGGCAUUGAAAAAUAUGUUAUUGAGGACACAGAAGAGGCAAGGUUAAACCAUGAAAAAUACCCCAGACCUCUGAAUAUAAUUGAGGGACCUCUGAUGAAUGGCAUGCAAGUUGUUGGUGAUCUUUUUGGUGCUGGAAAGAUGUUUCUGCCUCAGGUGAUAAAAUCUGCUCGAGUUAUGAAGAAAGCAGUGGGCCACCUCAUUCCUUACAUGGAAAAGGAAAGAGAGGAAAUGAGAUCUGGCACUAUAGAAGACGAGGACCCUUAUCAUGGCACGAUAGUGCUUGCUACUGUAAAAGGAGAUGUGCAUGAUAUUGGCAAGAACAUUGUGGGAGUGGUCCUAGGUUGCAAUAAUUUCAGGGUUAUUGAUUUAGGAGUCAUGACUCCAUGCGAUAAGAUAUUGAGAGCUGCUAUUGAAAACAAAGCAGAUAUAAUUGGUCUUUCUGGUCUUAUUACACCUUCUUUGGAUGAAAUGAUUUUUGUUGCCAAGGAAAUGCAGAGAUUAGAGAUAAAGAUUCCAUUGCUGAUUGGAGGAGCAACCACUUCUAAAACACAUACAGCUGUCAAAAUUGCCCCGCGAUACAGUGCACCAGUCAUUCAUGUCCUUGAUGCAUCCAAAAGUGUUGUAGUUUGCUCUCAACUGUUAGAUGAAAAUCAAAAGGAGGACUUCUUUGAAGAAGUACUGGAAGAAUAUGAUGACCUUAGGCAAGAGCACUAUGAAUCUCUUAAGGAAAGAAAAUAUUUGUCUUUGGAACAAGCCCGGAGAAAAGGUUUCCAUAAUGACUGGCUGUCAGAUUGUAAACCAGUUAAACCUAGAUUCAUUGGCACUCAAGUAUUUGAAGAUUAUGAUCUGCAUAAGCUGGUCGAAUAUAUUGACUGGAAGCCUUUUUUUGAUGUGUGGCAACUUCGGGGCAAAUACCCCAAUAGAGGAUUUCCUAAAAUCUUUAAUGAUAAAGUAGUAGGUGAAGAAGCCAAAAGAGUCUAUAAUGAUGCUCAGAAUCUGCUAAAAACUUUGAUUAAUCAAAAGAAAUUACGAGCCAGAGGCCUGGUAGGGUUCUGGCCUGCUCAAAGUGUUCAAGAUGAUGUUUAUUUAUAUGCAUCAGAAGAGGCAGUGCAGUUUGCAGAACCAAUAGCUAAAUUUUAUGGCUUAAGACAACAGGCAGAAAAGGACUCUGUCUGCACAGAUCCAUAUUACUGUCUCUCUGACUUCAUCGCCCCCUUGGAUUCUGGAGUUCAUGACUAUUUAGGCCUGUUUGCUGUGGCCUGUUUUGGGGUAGAUGAACUAUGCAAAGAGUUUGAGAAACAGUGUGAUGACUAUAACAGCAUCAUGGUGAAAGCCCUGGGAGACCGGUUAGCAGAGGCGUUUGCAGAGGAGCUCCAUGAAAGGGUCCGAAAAGAAUUAUGGGCUUACUGCAACGAUGAACAGCUGGAUAUUGCAGAUCUGCGCAGGAUCAGGUAUGAGGGAAUCCGCCCAGCCCCUGGGUAUCCCAGCCAGCCUGACCACACUGAAAAACUCACCAUGUGGAAACUUGCAAGUAUUAAAGAAGCAACAGAUAUUGGGUUAACUGAAUCGCUUGCAAUGACACCUGCAUCUGCCAUUUCUGGUCUCUACUUCGCCAACCCCAAAUCCAAAUACUUUGCAGUUGGGAAAAUAUGUAAAGAUCAGGUUGAAGAUUAUGCAUUGAGGAAAAACUUGUCUGUGGCUGAGGUUGAAAAAUGGCUUGGACCCAUUCUGGGAUAUGAUUUAGGUUAACAAUGUUUUGGAGCAAGCAUCUGUCUCGUUCCAGCUGGCUUGUUUUCCAGAAAAGUGUUGAGCUGGGCUUACAGUCCUGCAUCCAUUUCGUGGAUAUUCCCAAUGUUUUUUGAAGUUGUUGGCUUUGUUAUAUUGGUGGCUUAUCUAUGAUUUUGUUAAUUUCUGACAAAGAAGUUUAAUAUUUAAAUAUGCCCUCUGUUGAUGGGCUGAUACUGAAAUACCCUAUCA